GUUUACACGUGACAGACACCACUCGGCUAACCUGAGAUGUUUCGAAAAUGAAACUGACCCGUGCCUGACUCCGACUGGAGGCCAGAAGAAAGCGAAAACAAAACAGUUAUUUUAGGAAAACCCCGGCAUUUUGCGGCUUUAUCCGGACUCUGUGGAGACAAAGGAACUGAACGGUAAGAAUCCGGUGCGGAGGGAUUUGAGCAGCAGCAUAUUUUAGCUGGGAAUGUUGGGUAAACAUCAGGGCUGCAGAGGACGCACGUUACUGGAAUGGAGUCUGUAGCACUGGCUUUGACUCAUUUGUGAGGCAGAGGCUGAUGUCACUAUGGCGCACUUUGACACCGAUUAUCAGCGCCUGGAGGCAUCCUACAGCGACUCCCCCCCUGGGGAGGAGAACCUGCUGAUGCAUGUGCCCGAAGGAGCCAAAUCCCAGUGGCACCACAUAGAAAACCUGGACCUAUUCUUCCAGAGAGUCUAUAAUCUGCACCAGAAAAAUGGAUUCACCUGUAUGCUGUUGGGAGAGAUCUUUGAGCUAGUUCAGUUGCUGUUUGUGGUUGGCUUCACAGUGUUCCUAGCUAACUGCAUCGAUUACGACAUCCUGUUUGCCAACAAGUUUGUAAAUCACACUGAUUCAUCUAAAGUUACUUUGCCUGAUGCCUUUCUCCCAGUGGAUGUCUGCAGCGCACGUAUCCGACACAAUGCAUUUAUGAUCUUUGUGCUGGUAAUAUCUGGAGUGUUUUGGCUGCAUCGUCUGGUCAAAUUUAUUUACAAUGUUUGCUGCUACUGGGAGAUCCGAUCCUUCUACAUUAAUGCCCUUAAGAUGACCAUGUCAGAACUACCUUAUGUGACAUGGCAGGAGGUUCAGGCAAGAAUCGUGGAGAUCCAGAAGGAACACCAGAUCUGCAUCCAUAAAAAAGAACUGACAGAACUUGACAUUUAUCACCGCAUUCUUCGCUUUAAAAAUUACAUGGUUGCCAUGGUAAAUAAAUCACUCCUUCCUGUGAAAUUUCGACUUCCUGUACUCGGGGAAUGUGUGUUCUAUACCCGGGGUCUCAAGUACAACUUUGAACUCAUCUUCUUUUGGGGUCCAGGUUCUCUGUUUGAGAAUGAGUGGAGCCUGAAAUCAGAGUAUAAAAGAGGAGGGAACAGACAUGAUCUGGCGGACCGCCUGGCAUCUCGUAUCCUGUGGAUUGGCAUCGCCAAUCUGCUGCUGUGUCCUGUCAUUCUGGUGUGGCAGAUUCUCUACGCCUUCUUUAGCUAUACUGAGGUGAUUAAACGAGAGCCUGGUUCUCUGGGAGCGAGAUGCUGGUCUCUGUAUGGUCGAUGUUACCUCCGACACUUUAAUGAGCUGGACCAUGAGCUCAUGUCACGUCUCAGCAAAGGCUACAAGGCUGCAUCCAAGUAUAUGAAUUGCUUCCUCUCACCACUGUUGACCGUGGUGGCCAAAAAUGUGGCGUUCUUUGCUGGGUCUCUCCUGGCUGUGCUCAUCGCCCUGACUAUCUAUGAUGAGGAUGUACUAGCGGUGGAACAUGUCCUGUCAUCCAUCACACUGCUGGGAGUGUGUAUCACUGUCUGCAGGUCAUUUAUUCCUGAUAAGCACAUGGUGUUUUGUCCUGAGCAGCUGUUGCGGGUCAUCCUGGCUCAUAUCCACUACAUGCCUGACCACUGGCAGGGCAACGCUCAUAGAUAUGAAACCCGUGACCAAUUCUCACAGCUCUUCCAGUACAAAGCCGUGUUCAUUCUAGAGGAGCUGCUGAGUCCAGUGGUGACUCCAAUCAUCCUGAUCUUCUGUCUGAGGAGAAAGUCCCUGGAGAUUAUUGACUUCUUCAGGAACUUCACAGUAGAGGUGGUCGGGGUGGGAGACACCUGCUCAUUUGCUCAGAUGGACAUCCGUCAGCAUGGACAUCCUGCGUGGAUGUCCGAGGGGAAGACUGAGGCAUCCAUCUACCAACAGGCAGAAGAUGGGAAGACAGAGUUAUCUCUAAUGCACUUUGCCAUCACCAACCCCCAGUGGCAGCCUCCUCAAGAAACCACACACUUCAUUAGCCAGCUCAAAGAAAGAGUUCACAGAGAGGCCACCGGGGUCCCAACAGACACACAUCCACUGUCACUGUCAGAGUCUGAGCCAAGGAGUCUGAUAGCGAACCUCCUGGCAGGACCAUCCACACUGUCUUCUGUCCACUUUGGCCGGGACGGUUGUCUGAACAAUCACACAGCAGCUGGCAUCGGCGACGGGGCGUCGGCCUUACGCUCACUUUCCCCCAUUAGCAGUAGUCUGUACCUGAGAGGCAGUCUUAGUGCAGCUCACAGAGCUACCAGCCACACUUCAGCUGUGAGCAAAGCAAUGGCAGGCUCUGGAACUGAUGCCCGAACUGUGAGCUCAGGAAGCAGUGCAUGGGAGGCUCAGCUGACCAGCUUGGUCCUAUCAGAGUAUGCUUCUACAGAGAUGAGCAUCCAUGCCCUUUACAUGCAUGAGCUCCAUAAACAACAGUCGCGUGGCGAACUGCCCCGUCACACCUGGCACAGGCAGGAAAGUGACGAAAGCAGUGACAGUGUCCCUGAUGAGGUGAGGAGUGAACCCAAUACUCACUUGAGGAACUUCCCUCGCUCGCACACUUUCCCCACCACAGUUCCCAGUCCCAGUGCCAUUCCCACCUCGGCUUCAGCCACCAGCAGUUCCACAUUGAGCCAACAGGGGGUGCCAUUACAGAGCAGCCGUCAGCAUCACACUGGGAGAACUACUAUAGACCCUGUAGGUGCUGGGGUAAAGGUGGUGAGGUCGGCCCGUGUGCCUAUGGGGGGUUGGGCUGAAGAUACCCAAGGAGCACCGAGACAUCAUGAGCCCUUACCUGAGGAGAGCUCAGAGGACGAGAUGCCUCCUCACAUACAUAAGGUCACAUAACCGAGCCACAUGAAUAAGGAUCAGCCUUAAGUAGAUGCAUUUUAAUCCUUGAAAUCCAGGAAUCAACCAUCUGAUCAGAAGAAGAUGGACAGGAUGUUCUACAAUUCCUUCAGAUGACCAGAGAAAUCGUCUAGACAUGUUUAGAUUGACAUUAUCAUCAUCCAUCAGUUGAAGACACAGUGGACUUACAACAUCAAGGACUUAGCAUAAGAAUAAAAACAUGCUUUUAAAAGCACACAGGGAAACAGGCUACACUACAUUUUAUAAUAUCAGAAAAAACCCAGAAGCAUCAUUGGAACUUGUUAAAAAUUGGUGUCCACAAAACUCUGUGCUGUCUGUGUGUGUGUUACCCUGUGCUCUGUACUUCAGCUUGUACUCUGCUUCACUGACAAAAAAUAUUAAGGCCUCAAAUAGAAUAAAACAAUUAACACCUUGUCAAGUAAUACAUUUUAUUUGGCUUCAUACUUCAUACAUUUAUUGAAUUUCAAAGCUUGAGUGAAUUUUCUAAAAACAUCCUGGAGUGUGGCUCAUCUUGCACUGACAGACAUGUAUGAAAUGUAAUUACUCAGAAGAGCCAGGUGUAAUGCAUGCAGACAGUGUAAAUAUCAGGUUAUUUGACUCCCUAGUACACACAUUAUGAGAACAGCAUUUUGUGAUGAGUAAUGAAAAAUACUGCAAUCUAAUUUCACUAUUUUGUUGUUGUUUACCACUCAUUAUUUUUCACAUGGCUUGCUAAAGGGUGCACUAAACAAACAAGGCUGUUUUAAGCAUGGAAUACUGAUGUCUGUGUCAUGCAGAUGCCCCUGUAGUACAAAUGCAUGACCAUCAGUGAGUCAAUCUUCUAAAGGAGUAAAAUAGAUCAAACCUUGACAAGCAAACUGUACCACAACCAUCCUUUUUACACAUCCUGCUUAUGAUCAUCCAUUCACAGCAUGACUUCUGUUCAUUAAUCCACAUAGCUGUAAAAGAACAAUUAUGCACUUUAGUAAUUUGUCAUUGCAGAGGGUGUCAUUACAUGUGGAUUGUUUAUAUGUCUAUGUUUUUAAUAUAUAUUUUUAAUAAUUUUAUUUAUCAAAGGGAAGUGCCAUGGUAAUUGAUAGUUGUUGGCUAUGUGGAUUGAGACUGUGUUUUCUUUUGUGCAUUUGAAAAGCUGUAAUGCAUGUCUGGACUGAUGUCUGAGGAUCCAGUGGGUCAGUUCAGGUAACGUUACAUGAAGGUGAUAAUUGUUUUCUGUUUUGUAAGUCCUCUAUAGUAUCAUUUUAUACAGUUGUAAAUUCAUCAAUUAAAGUCAAACAUUGAAAAU